GCUCCCGUCAGUCGCCGACCAUCUCCCACGGCCGCAGCAUCGCGACCCGACCCAGGCCCCGAACCGCCCGCGACGCCGACUCGCACGUCGCCGAGGCCGCCGCGCCGACCACGACGGCUACGAAGUCGUCGGUCCGAGGCCGCGAGAAAAACAAAAACAACACAUAACGGGAAAAAAAAUUACCGCGAGUUUUCAAACGAGCGGGAAAUUGUUUCGCGCCGCGAGUUGAGUGAAGGCAAUAAGUGAAGUGACAUCGGAUUUUGUGGAAUACCUACAGAACUCAGCCAAAAACUUGGGGACGACAAGAACUUAUCCGAACAUCUCAAGCUCCCAAUCCAACGUAUUAACGACUAUCAACUUUUGCUCAAGGAGUUGGUAAGGUAUUCAUCCAGGCUUGGAGAGGACACGUCCGACCUUGGCCGCGCUCUCGAGUUGAUGCUAGGGGUCCCUCACCGGGCCAACGACAUCAAGUUCAUCUCGAAUAUCGAGGGCUACCACGGCAACAUCUACAAGCUUGGAAGACUAUUGAGACACGACUGGUUCACUGUCACUUACCGGGACGGCAAGAACAAGGAACGAUACCUUUUCCUCUUCAAAGCUCGCAUUUUAGUGUGCAAAGUACGCAGGAUAUCGGAAGACCGAUCAGUGUUCGUGCUAAAGGAUAUUAUUAGGCUACCUGAGGUCGAGGUCAAGGACCUUCCCGACAACUCCAGGGCGUUUCAGCUGCGCCACCAGGACGGCGAAGUCCGACCCUACCCGCUGACCAUCUCGGCACACAACGACAGCGCCAAGGACGCGUGGCUCAAGGAGAUCCGGCUGUACGCCGCAGACUCGCUCGCUCUCGCCGAGCACGCGGCCGACGACCUACACCUCAAGGAGGACGAAGCCGUGUCCUCCUCGGUGACCGAGCCCCAGCAGCCACCCCGGCACAAGGUCAUCAUCCACAAGGUGCAGGUCGAGGAGGCGCCCCCGACCCCCGAGCCCCUCAUCGAGGAGCCCGUGACGCCGGCUCCGGACGCGAGCGCGCUCAAGCGCAAGGACGAGCCGCUUGCCGAGCUCGACGACAGCAAGAAGGCCAGAGUCGUCGAGGAGGUAUUCGAGGACGCCCUCGAGCACCUCCCGGAGGAGGACAACGUCCAGGAGGAGGAGGUGAAGCAGGAGGAGGUGAAGCAGGAGGAGGUGAAGCAGGAGGAAGUGAAGCAGGAGAGUAGUCAGGACGCGGUCCAAAACGGCGACGACAUGUCCGAGUACGUGAGCAGGAGGUCGUCAGUGCGACGCGCCGGGAGCUCUCGCACGGACGUAGAGG